UACCUGCAUAUGGCGGACGCUCAGUUUGUGUUUAUGUCAAUAAGAAACUGAUUUUUAACAUUUGCGCGGGUGUGGAUUAAACAAUUUAUUAAUAAUAAUGUGCUAGUGGAACCUGUGUAUUGUGUGUUUUUUUGUGAUAAUGGUUUUCGUGGUUGAACAUUUGGAUAACUCGAUAUCUUGGUUGUACUUAUAAGGACAUUUAGUUCCAGCCCGAAACCAUCCCACAAUGGAGGCUGAAACCACACCCGCGCGGCCCGGCGCCGGUAAGAUGCGAGAGCGGCGCUGUGCGCUCCACCGCACCGUCGCUCUACUGCUCGCCUACCUCCUCUUCCUCAACUGUCAAGUCGAUGCUGCUGAUCCGCCCGAGAUUACCAUUCGUCCCCGGAAUCUGCAAGUCCGGGCUAACGGUAUUGCUGCAUUCUACUGCGCCGCGAGAGGAGACCCCAUACCCAAUAUCCAGUGGAGAAAGAACGGCAAACGAGUUUCUAGUAUGCAAUCCCGCUACCAAGUGUCUCCGAUGGACGCGGCAGCAGGCCCGGCGGCCAAUGGCGCGGUGUUGCGCAUCGAACCUGUGCGUGCGCAGCGUGAUGACGCGACGUACGAGUGCGUGGCCGAGAAUGGAGUGGGGGACGCUGUGACGGCGGUCGCUACGUUGACUGUUUUUGAAGCUGACAAAGCGCCUCCCGGCUUCCCCAACAUCGCGCCACCACCUACUACCAUGGUGGUAGAGGUUGGCCACACUGCCACACUCCCGUGCCAAGCUACUGGCAACCCUUCGCCUAAAGUCAGGUGGCUAUGGAACUCUUUGCCGCUGGACGUCGCGUCGAAUCCGAGAUAUGCGCUCCUGAAUGACAAGAUGCAUGGUACACUGCAAAUCGUGAAGAGUGAAGAGGAGGACCAUGGAAAGUUCGAGUGCGUCGCGGAAAACUCCAUCGGGACUGAGUUCUCGAAGCCUACCGUGCUGUAUGUCAAAGUGAGACGAGUAGCGCCACAGUUCUCGAUCCCGCCGCCCCCGAAGUCCGAGGUGAUGCUGGGUGGGAAUCUGACCCUCAAGUGCGUCGCCUUCGGCUCGCCCAUGCCUACUGUUAAAUGGAGGAAAGGUUUAACAAAAUGGCUGACGCCUGAGGACAACCCGCCCCUAGGCCUAAAUACCCUCAAGCUGGAAGAUAUAAAGGAGUCUGCAAACUAUACGUGCGAGGCCGCCAGUGUGCUCGGCGUUAUCGAAGCCGUGGCUGAAGUUAAAGUGCAGUCACUGCCGGGCCCGCCGACGGAGGUGCGUCCGUCAGAGAUCACGGCCACCACUGUACGUCUGACGUGGACCUACAACGGACCUGAGGAGCCCCAGUACUAUGUCAUACAGUACAAGCCUAAAUACGCCAAUCAGGCGUUCAGCGAAAUCUCCGGCGUCAUCACCCAGUACUAUUCCGUCACCAACUUGUCACCUUACACGGAGUAUGAGAUGUACGUCAUUGCUGUGAACAACAUCGGCAGGGGACCCCCUUCGGCACCCGCCGUCAUCACCACUGGAGAAACCGUGGAUUCCUUGUAUGGAGGUGCCAAACCGGGUUCAGCGCCAAGGAACGUGCAGGUCCGGCCUCUAAGCUCCAGCACUAUGGUCAUACAGUGGGAUGAACCGGAGACGCCGAACGGACAAGUUACAGGCUACAAGAUCUUCUACACGACGGAUCCUUCUCAACCUCUGCAAUCGUGGCAUUCACAAAUGAUGGACAACAGUCACCUGACGACCAUCAGCGAGCUGACCCCUCACACCGUUUACACGAUACGAGUGCAAGCCUUCACGUCUGUAGGACCUGGGCCUAUAUCAGCACCCGUGCAAGUUAAGACGCAGCAAGGAGUUCCAUCUCAACCCUCAAACCUGGUAGCAGUGGAAGCCGGCGAGACCUCAGUGACCCUCUCGUGGAGAAGACCAGCGCACGCGGGAGACAAUAUAGUCUCCUAUGAGUUGUACUGGAAUGAUACUUAUGCUAAGGAACACCAUAGGAAGCGGAUACCAAUAACGGAGACCUACACAUUGAACGGGCUGUACCCCAACACGUUAUACUACAUCUGGCUGGCAGCGCGGUCGCAGAGGGGAGAGGGGGCCACGACACCCCCCAUCGCCGUGCGGACCAAGCAAUACGUUCCCGGAGCGCCCCCGAUGAAUGUGACCGCGGUGGCCGUGUCGCCUACCGCCGUGCGCGUGUCUUGGCAACCGCCGCCCGCCGAGCGAGCGAACGGCAGGAUCGCAUACUACAAGCUGCUUUGCGUGGAAUCUGGGAGGGGGGAUUCAGAGGCGACGGUCGUCAAACUGUCGAAUCAGACGACGUUUGUACUGGACGAGUUGCGGCGGUGGACUGAGUACCGCAUCUGGGUGCUGGCGGGCACCAGCGUGGGCGAUGGGCCCGCCUCGUACCCCGUCACCGUGCGCACGCAUGAAGACGUACCCGGAGAGCCCCAAGACGUGAAGGUCAUUGCGAUCAACUCCACAUCCAUCCACGUGACCUGGAAGCCGCCACAAGAAAAAGAGAAAAAUGGCAUCAUUAGAGGGUACCAUGUGCAUGUGCAAGAAGUACGAGAAGAGGGCAAAGGACUUCUUAACGACCCGAUGCGAUUCAACGUAAUGGACGACACGACUCUUGAAUUGAACAUAUCGGGGCUGCAGCCGGAUACGCGGUACAACGUGCAAGUGGCCGCGCUCACGAGGAAGGGGGACGGUGACCGAAGUGCGCCAGUGUCUGUGAAGACGCCUGGCGGUGUGCCAAACAGGCCUACCGUCAACCUAAAGGUUUUGGAAAGGGAGCCGGUUGUAUCAAUAGAAUUGGAAUGGAGCAAACCGUCGCAAACAUACGGUGAUUUGCUUGGUUAUAGACUCAGAUAUGGUAUAAAAGAUCAACCUCUCGAAGAAGUCAAUUUCCCCGGCACUAAAGUUCACUCGUAUAAAAUUAAUGAUUUGGAAAGAGGCGUCCAAUAUGAAUAUAGGGUAGCAGGUAAAAACCAUAUCGGAAUAGGGCAAGAGACCAUCAAGUACUGGCUCACCCCAGAAGGAGCACCCAAGGGACCUCCAACGAAUGUCACAUACCACUUCCAAACUCCAGACAUUAUCAGUAUCACUUGGGAAGCUCCUAUACGUGCCGACCGAAGUGGCCAGAUUAAAAAGUAUGAUGUCCAAUUCUACAAGAGAGGAGAUCAAUCUUCUGUUGCAGAGAAGACUACGGAAUUAACUAAAGCUGUGUUUACUGGCCUGGAAGAAGAUGCUCAUUAUGUGUUCAAAGUUAGGGCCUAUACUGAUCAGGGGGCUGGACCAUUCAGCAAAGAAGUUACGGCUCAUACUGAAAGGGACAUUGGAAGAGCGCCUAUGUCAGUCAAAGCUGUCGCGACAUCAGAGUCUAGUGUAGAAGUUUGGUGGGAAACAUUCCGUUCUAGGAAGAAGAUAAUCGGUUACGUCAUAUUCUACACAAUGACGCCAGUUGAGGACCUAGAUGAAUGGCAACAAAAGAGCGUUCACGUAACACACUCCGCGGAUUUGGAUAAUUUGGAAAAAUUCGCAGAGUAUGCUAUCGCUGUCGCUGCAAGAACAGCAGAUGGUCUUGGAAGGUUAUCGGAAAAGGUUACUGUGAAGGUAAGGCCGGAAGAAGUGCCUCUACAUCUUAGGGCACAAGAUGUGUCCACUCAUUCCAUGACAUUAUCAUGGUCGCCUCCGUUACGCUUAAACCCCGUUAGCUAUAAGAUUUCUUACAAUGCAAUUAAAGAAUUUGUUGACUCCCUUGGUAUGACGCAAACGCAAGAAAUACCAAGAAGGGAAAUCAUUGUGAAACAUGAUAGAACGUCGUAUUCGAUAAAUGAUCUGUCUCCGUUCACAACGUAUAAUGUUAAUGUAAGUGCCAUACCUAAUGACGAUUCGUACCGACCGCCGACGAAGAUCACUGUGACCACACAGAUGGCAGCGCCUAAGCCGAUGGUGAAGCCAGACUUCUAUGGUGUUGUUGAGAACGAAAUACUCGUCAUACUACCUCAAGCCUCGGAAGAAUAUGGACCCAUAUCGCAUUAUUAUCUAGUUGUAGUGCCUGAUGAUAAAGCUCAUAAUCAUAAGAAUCCGGAUCAGUUCCUAACAGACGACUUAAUUAAAAAUAACGUACGAACAGACGAUGAAAACGCACCGUACAUUGCUGCCAAAUUCUUACAACGAAAUAUUUUAUAUACGUUUCAUCUCGGUAAUGAUGAAAUGUAUGAAGGUUUCCUAAAUAGAAAGUUGAAUCCUAGUAAAAAGUAUAGAGUAUUCGUCCGAGCGGUUGUAGAUACUCCUCAGAAGCAUCUUUAUACGUCCAGUCCAUUUUCGGAAUAUUUGUCGCUAGAUAUGCGUGAAGCGCCUCCUGGUGAAGAGCCCAGCAGGCCUGAUCCUAAAGACAUCCACGGAGAUCCUGAAAUCAGAAUAGAAGAGAAUAGGAAAGAAGCUGGCAUGGUGUGGGUUAUCGGGCCUAUCAUUGCAGCUCUGAUGCUCUCAUUAUGUUUGGUAGUUUUGUUCAUAUUUAAGAGAAGACGUCAACCUUGUAAAGCUCCUGACCAAGCAGCGGUGACAAGACCGUUGAUGUCCGCGGACGUUGGCUUUGGAGCACCAUCGGAUCCCGUAGAAAUGAGAAGGUUGAACUUCCAAACGCCAGCUAUGAUUUCCCAUCCUCCUAUUCCUAUUUUGGAACUCUCGGAGCACAUUGAAAGACUUAAAACCAAUGACAACCUCAAAUUCUCGCAAGAGUAUGAAAGUAUUGAACCUGGACAGCAGUUCACUUGGGAUCAUUCCAAUAUGGAAGUGAACAAACCUAAGAACCGUUACGCUAAUGUGAUUGCUUAUGAUCAUAGUCGUGUUAUCCUUCAACCGAUUGACGGCAUUCUAGGAAGUGACUAUAUUAACGCUAACUACUGCGACGGAUAUCGUAAACACAACGCUUAUGUGGCUACACAAGGACCUCUUCAAGAAACGUUGGCAGAUUUCUGGAGGAUGUGUUGGGAACUUCGAACUUCUACAAUAGUUAUGAUGACUAAACUUGAAGAAAGAACUAGAAUCAAAUGUGAUCAAUACUGGCCUAGUAGGGGAACGGAAACCUAUGGCAUGAUGAGCGUAACCAUUGCAGAAGUUCAAGAACUCGCUACCUAUUGCAUUCGGACCUUCCAAGUGGAACGAAAUGGAAAUAGUAGCGAGCGUCGCGAAAUUAAACAAUUGCAGUUCACUGCUUGGCCCGACCAUGGAGUUCCUGACCAUCCCGCACCGUUCCUCCAGUUCCUGCGACGUGUGAGGGCAUUGAACCCACCUGAUGCCGGUCCUUUAGUGGUACAUUGUUCUGCUGGCGUUGGUCGGACGGGAUGCUUUAUUGUUAUCGACUCUAUGCUCGAAAGGGCUCGACAUGAGCGCACUGUUGACAUUUACGGCCAUGUGACUUGUUUGCGAGCUCAGCGAAACUACAUGGUACAGACUGAAGACCAAUACAUAUUCAUUCACGACGCUUUGCUAGAAGCUGUGAUUUGCGGCGACACUGAAGUUCCUGCUCGUAAUUUGCACGCCCACAUUCAGAAGCUGAUGCGCGUUGAUCCUAUUGAGAAUAUCACUGGAAUGGAAUUGGAAUUUAAGAAGUUGGCGAAUAUGAAAGCUGAUUCUAGUCGAUUUGUGUCUGCCAGUCUGCCUUGCAACAAGCAUAAGAACAGACUUGUUCACAUCUUGCCGUACGAGUCGACCCGCGUUUGCCUAACUCCUCGCGAUGGCUCAGACUACAUCAAUGCAUCGUUCGUCGAUGGCUAUAGAUACAGAGCAGCUUACAUUGCCACGCAAGGACCCCUGCCGGACACAACAGACGAUUUCUGGAGAAUGCUAUGGGAACACAAUUCUACAAUCAUUGUUAUGUUGACUAAAUUGAAGGAAAUGGGUCGAGAAAAAUGUCACCAGUACUGGCCUUCGGACCGUUCUGUACGCUACCAAUGCUUCGUGGUUGACCCCAUCGCAGAGUACAACAUGCCGCAGUACAUCUUGAGGGAAUUCAAGGUCACAGACGCACGCGAUGGGUCAUCUAGAACAGUACGUCAGUUCCAGUUCACUGACUGGCCUGAGCAAGGCGUGCCUAAGAGCGGCGAGGGCUUCAUCGACUUCCUAGGACAAGUUCACAAGACGAAGGAACAAUUUGGACAAGAUGGACCUAUUACUGUACAUUGCAGCGCGGGAGUAGGCCGCACGGGUGUAUUCAUAACCCUAUCGACGGUAUUGGAGCGCAUGCAGUACGAAGGAGUUGUCGACGUGUUCCAGACUGUGCGCACAUUGCGCACGCAGCGCCCCGCCAUGGUUCAAACUGAGGAUCAAUACGAGUUCUGCUACCGCGCAGCACUGGAGUACCUCGGCUCUUUCGACCACUACGCCAACUGACGAUGAGACAUACUCGUCUAAACGCGCUCUAAGGGACACUGUCGCGCGAAACUUAUCACCUAUGUACUUAGUAAUGUUAUAUCGGAACACAGAAGUAUUGGGAACAGUUCAUAAAGUAUUUUUAAAAUUAACGGUUAUUCGAUGACAGUAAAAUAAAGAUGGCGUCGUAUUCACAGCCGACAUUUUGACAAAAGAGCGCGAAAGAUUAGACAUUCAACAGAUACUGCGAUGGCUUAAAUUAAAAACUUUUAUGUGAUUUCGUUUAGAAUUUAGUUCCCAAUUAAAGGAAAGUUUUGUUAGAUUUUGAAUUUUUAACCAUUAUUUACAUAACUUGCGUUUUAGUACAAGUUAAUACGAGUACAUAAUUUGUUUUAAGAAAAAAAAAACCUUAGACACGCUUUAAUCUACAUUGCCAUAUAAUGAAGACAAUAAUAAUAUUAAAAUAAAUAAAUAACAUAGAACUUCCAUCUAAAUUCAAUCCCACUUACGAACUAGGUAAUUAAUCGAAAUAGUUGUCAUCAUUUUCACAAUUUCCCACGAGCACAGACUAAAAACAUAUCAAUACUUCUUUGUUCUGCCUCGCCACAGAUAAAAAAUAACUAACGACAGAGUCCCGCGCUGAAUAUGACCCUUAAGUAGAGAUGUACCCGCCACAUCGACUGACUGUCAUUUUCAACUUCGUAUAAGAGGCUAAAACAUGUAUGAGUGCCUAGGAACGCUACUUAUGAUGUAUUUUACGAUUGUGACCACUAAAAAUCAUGAUUGUGAGUCGGAAGGGUAAUAACUAUAAUUAAUUAUUAUCCUAUUAUCUAACUUAUGAUAGAAUAUAAGUUGGAAACAUAUUUAGGUUCCGUUAUAAGAUACCACAAUCAUUUGACGUUAUGUAGUAAAAGAAUUUCUUUAAUCAUGAGGCGAUGUUGUGCCCUUCAAUGUUGGGUCUUUUGUCGAAGAAGUACACUUAUGAAUUGUGGAUAUCUUAACGUAAGUAAAUAUGUCGCCAACUUCGCGGCUGUUCGUGCUAUUUUUGUCUCUAAAUCGGAACAGUUUAAAUGUUAAAGUCCAUAUAAACAGUUGAAUUAUACUUAGAUGCAUUUAUAUUACAAAGAGAGUUUUGAGAAGUAUUUAAAAUCAAUGUAAUGGUUACGCCGUGAAAAUAUAAUUUGCGAUCAAAAUAUAAUGGUAACAUUAGAUAAAGAACAGUGCGCUUAGAGACUUAAGUAAUAACUUUAUGCGAUAUAUGAUAUUCAAUUUUGAUCGUCACAUACGUAUAUUAUACAAACAUAAUAUUGUAAAAUGUAUAAAUAGUUAUUGCAGCUGUAAUUAGAAGUUUAUUUUUCAUAUCGGGUGUUGAAAUAUGUUUAAGUAGUGUAAAUUGUGGUAACACGUUUCAUUAUUGCAAUAUUAUAUGAGAACUUUUAGACGAAUCGGCUGUGUCGUGUGAAAUUUUGUGUCUGUCCUGUGCGUAGUGCAGAAAUAUGUACAUAUUUGUAAUUUACAACAUAACUUUGUGUUGCUUAUGUUUUAUAAACUUGCCCAAUUAACCAGCCAAUCAUGUUGACGUGACGGAAAUAAACAUGUGAUCGAUAACAUAUUUAGCAUACGUUAGUUUUGCUGCGUUUUAUUUCUGCUUUUCCAAUUCGAUUUUCUGUAAAAUAUCAAAUUUAAUAAAAAUAAUUCAUAUGAGUUUACAUUUUUAUCUAACCGUAUGCUAAACAUCUUAGCGGCCCACUAUUUUCUUUUCUUUGUAUCGAAAAUAAAACAUACAAUAAAUAGUAAAGUCAGUUUUUUGACUUGUUUUUCUAAUUUUUUAUUGUAUUUGAUUACUUUAAUCAAUCACUGCUUGCUUAUAGAGUAUGAUCGUGAUUCAAUGACAUAUCUAUAUGUAGUUAGAUAAAUAUGUUUCUGUGUGGUAAUGAUAGAGGUAAGGAAAUGACGAUUCAAUUAUAUUUGAAUCGUAAUAUUGUAUGAUGUUGUAAGCAUGAACACUGACGAAAUGCAUGGAGAGUUUCAAAAAGCUUAAAAGGGAGGGAAAUUUUUACAUUUUCAUUUUAAAGUCAAAAUUAAUGUCAAGAAUUUUCUUUCCUUGAGCGUUAUUCUUUCGUUAAUUUAUGCUUCUCAUUAAAAACGUGGAAUAAUAAUGGACGACAAGAAAGACACUUCGAGUGACUUAAACGUGACUGCCACCACUCUAACACUAUUUUAAGCUAUCUUUAAGUGUAGUGUGUUAUUUAAUCUUUUACCGUAAUCCCCUUGCAUAGUAAAUGUAUAAGAUUUUUACGUUUUUCACCUGUUUUAUACAAUAUACCUACUUGUAUCGAUCUAUCUACGUAUAAGUUAAAUUUGAGCUUGUAUGAAACUUAGGGAAUAUAAAAGUUGACGCGAUUCUUAAACGUUACAUCAGAAGCGCGCAUAUCUACGCAGAUACGCGGACAAUUUGAAGAGUGGCUCAUAUCUAAAGGAAUUAUAGUUAAACUAAGUACGUCUGUAUUCGGUCGGAUAUCGGCCGCUGUCAUUCGUAACUGCCAAUCGUUUCACUUAGCUAUAAUGAAAAGUAAAUUAAAGAAUACAAUAAAAUACGAAACGUACGUAGAGUUAAUGAGAAUAAUUGUUAAAUUGAGGUUAUAGUGAAAAUUUAAUACUCGUUGAUGAAUCAUGUAUAGCGAGGUUCGUAACAUUUACACGCUAGGGAGCAUGCCAGCUUUAUCUUGCUUCAAUUAUUAGACGAAUAUGUAACGAAAUUGAAGAAACUUUUUUGUAUGUACAUUUACCAGUGAUUUUAGGCUUUAUUUUUCUUAUCAUUCCUUUAUUUUCUUCUUAUUUGUAAUGUACCUAAUAUUUGUUUCUCGCCGCGUCGACAGCGUCGUGUCUUUCAUUUUGUAAACGUAUCCGAACGCACAUAACGAUCUCUUGUACAGUUUUUUCGUGUCGCAUUCUUAGGCUUAGGUAAUAUGUAUCAUUCUGCCAUUAGGGAAUAUUUUAUGUCGAAUCGCCUACAGUUGCUGCUAAAGUUUGAUAAUACCGCGUAACGACAAAAUAAUUAAUCCUCUGUAUAAAUUAAAUCAAAACUCAUAUUUUCAGCCUCAGUUUCAAGCUUUUAUCCUUUAAUUAAAUCACAGAUUACACAGUUGCGCGGUAUUCUGUUCAAUGAUUAAGUAUAUUAUGCCAUAUUAAGGUGCUGUUUAUUCCAUUAUUUAGUACAAAAUAGUUGUUUUUUAAACAAACGCAUGUCUCUCAUUAAUAAAAUCAUCAUUAUGAUACCUUUGUUCGGUAUGUUAAGACUGAUUUUACCAUCUAAUUUUUAUGUGUUCUUAAUUUUUAUAAUUUGUGUAUCUCUUAUGUAGUUAACAAGAUAAAAUUCUUUGUUGUUGUUUUUUUGUAAAUGAAUGCCGAUUUAUUGUAAUUUUUGUCUUAAUUUCUUAUUAACCAGUGUUCACUUGUCAGUCCGGGUAUUGUUUUUUGGAAGAUAAUUAUUGUUAAAUGAAGUGGUCAUUCGACCUAAGUACUUAAACAUUAGCUGUGUGAAAAAAUGAAGGAAAUACAAUGUGCCUAAUGGAACCGUCACUCAAUUACGAAACUUUUUUAAUUAACUCCGAAAUAUAGGUAUGAAAUGUCGAGGUCGCGGGUUCGCGCCAAAUUUUUUUCCAAUCAACAGUGCCCUAAAAUUAAUGAUGAAUUGCUUAUUUUUCUUGCAUGUAUCGAGUACAAAUUUUGUGACGACUCGCCGUUAGCGUCUCGUAUUAUUUGCAAAGACAUAAAAUCAAUUAUCUAAUGCCCUAGCUUUAAUGAUAAUAAUUUUAGUGCAAUUAAAAUGGCGGACGCAAUAUGGCUGGCGGGGCGAUGUGUGAAUGUGUCGUAGAAGUUUGUAGACAACAAUUAUUUUGUAAAACUCCCGCGCUGCGUCUCGGGACACAGUGGAUUCGCAAAAUUAUACAUGUGUAUAUGAAGAAAUAAAUUUAUGUGAGACCCAUAAA